UGCGCUUGCGCAGAACCCGAGGCGCCAAAUUUAGCGGGAGGGAGAGGCAGCCCUAGCUUGGUCUGAUGGAUCUGUUUACAAUAUCGCACACUCCGUAGAGAGCUUAAUAUCGGCACUUCCUCCUCGAAGAGGAGCUGACAGCACUGCACUUCAGCACACUUGAGCCGCGCGCACUCAUCAUCAGCUCUACCCUCCUCUUGAGCAGCAGGAUGGCGAGGAGGCACAAACACAGUGUUUACAGUAGCGACGAAGAUGAUGAUGAUGUGGAGAUUUAUGAUCAUGACUAUGAUGGUCCUCAUGCCAAGACAGGAAAACGCCACCUCGGCAAGACACGCUGGACCCGUGAGGAGGAUGAGAAGUUGAAGAGGCUGGUAGAGCAUCAUGGUUCUGAAGACUGGAAAGUCAUAGCCAGCUUUCUGCCUAAUCGCACAGAUGUUCAGUGUCAGCAUCGUUGGCAGAAAGUUCUCAACCCUGAACUUAUCAAAGGACCAUGGACUAAAGAAGAAGACCAACGGGUGAUCGAGUUGGUUCAGAAGUAUGGCCCCAAACGUUGGUCUGUGAUUGCAAAACACUUAAAGGGGCGGAUUGGGAAACAAUGUAGAGAGCGCUGGCACAACCACUUGAACCCUGAGGUGAAGAAGACUUCCUGGACUGAGGAGGAAGAUCAGAUCAUCUACCAGGCGCAUGAGAAACUUGGAAACCGAUGGGCUGAGAUUGCCAAGCUACUUCCGGGCAGAACUGAUAAUGCCAUAAAGAACCACUGGAACUCCACUAUGCGGCGGAAAGUCGAGCAGGAAGGCUACCUGCAGCACGCAGCUAAAGUCAGCCCCACUCUGCUAAAUAACAGCUACGCUAAAUCUCACCUCCUGAACUACAAUCAGACACCGACCAAUACAUCUAUGCCUGCCUCUUCCAUGAGCAAUCAGUAUCCAUACUACUCACUACUGUCUGACUCACAACGGGUGCCAUUUCCACUUGCUGUUCAGUUGAACAUCAUGAACAUUCCUCAGCAUGGCACUGCUGCUAUCCAGAGACACUACAGCGAAGAGGACCCCGAGAAAGAAAAGAGGGUGAAGGAGAUUGAGAUGCUCUUGAUGUCAACAGAAAACGAGCUGAAGGGACAGCAGGCACUACCAAUCUCCAUGAGUGGCUACGGUGGGUGGAACCGAGGCUCUUUGACGGACAGCUCAGUCGGUGUGUUGGUUUCAGUCCCAGCUCCAUCCCUAGAGCAGGGAUGCCUUCCAGAAGAAAGCGCCCAUGGCAACACAAACAGCCCAAACAAUGACGCCAGCUCCACUUUACCAGAGUUUAUUGAUGCUAUUGAUUCGGCCCCAUCUAUCUGGGCCAACAUACACUCUGAUAGGAGGUUUCCUAAAAUGGAGGCUCAAUCCAGUCAGGGUUCACCCACCCACAGCGAUGACAGCAGUGCCCUCACAUUUCUUUGCUCUUCACCUAAAUAUUCAGCCACCAGACAUCUGCCUUUUUCUCCCACUCAGUUCUUUAAUGCAUCCGUAAGCCCAGAUUCAAACAGUCAAAACUUACCUGUCACGCCCUCCCAUGUCUGCUCCCAGAAAGCACUGCAGCAAGACCUUGCUCUUCGGCCUCAGAAGGAAAAUGAACUGUUCAGGACCCCAAACCUGAGGCGUUCCAUCAUGGAGUGCUCUCCUCGCACACCUACUCCAUUCAAAUCCACACUGACAAUGCAAGACACCAAAUACGGACCAUUGAAGAGGGCCCACAGUCCUUCACUGGACUCUGGAGUGGUUGGUGCUAUUAAACAGGAGCCUCAGGAGUGUGAGAUCAGCAUUGGGGCGGUGCAUCUAGACCCGCCCCCCCUAAAGAAGAUCAAACAGGAGGUGGAUUCAGCUUGUCUGCAAUGGGAGGGGCAAGAUCUCCACACCCAGCUGUUCCCUUCCAGUGGCUCCGCCCACGACAUGCCUGAUCUGUUGACUAGCUCUGUGCUGAUGCUUCCAAACGCAGAGAAAACUGAGGAUGGACACAAAGCCGCCCAGCUGCCCCGCAGACCCAUGGGAAGCCCUCUGCAGCAGUUGAGCACAUGGGAACAGGUGCUUUGUGGGAAGACGGAAGAGCAGACGAUGCCCACUGAAGCCACGCACAAAUACCUCAGCAAUUAUUCUUCACGAGCACUGGUCAUGUAAAGAGACAGACAGAAUGAGACAGAGACAAAUAUAGAAAGGGAAGAAGAUGGGGGGAGAGUGAAAGAAGACAAUCAUUCUGAAAAGAAGUAAAAGAGGAACACUCCUACACUUAUGGUACAUUAUUUGGGAGAGGCUAAAAGCCAUUUUGUAGACUGCACAGUCGAUGUUAGUCGCCAAUGUUUAAGCUGUGCCGUCAUUUGAAUUCAAGCAACCAAAGACAUUUUUUAUGUUGUUUUUCUACCUUUUUUUUUAUUAUUGCAAUUUAAUAUUAUUGUAUUAUAUAUUUUGUAUUAUAUAUGGGAAAUGAAUUCUCUAUGUGGGUUCUAAUUUUAUGGAUUUUAAUAUAAGGAACAAUUUGCAG